AUGAGCUGUGAUGACAAGGUUUGUGCCCACGUCUCCUGGGCCAUGACCGGAGCGCCUAUUGGCACCUUCACUCUAGAUCCUGGAACCCGGGUGAGCGAGCUGAAGGAGAUGUUAGAGGUGCCCGCGAGGACACCCUUGGAGUAUCUAGAGCUUCUCUGCGACGGUGUGGUGCUCAGCGACUUUGCCCGCGUUGUUCACACCUUUGCCCGGUCACCACAUGUCGACUUGCAUGUCAUGCGCAAGGAGCCGCCCAGACUUGUUGAUUUUCUGAAGGAGUCACGGGAGCAAGAGUUCAAGACGUGGCCGACCUGCCAGAAGAAGGAUCUUAUGGCAACAGAGCGGCGAGAUGUCAGGGUGGCAAAGUACAUCAUGGAGGCAGAUUGGGAUGGCAGCCAGCUAAACUCGAAGGACACAUGGUGGGAUGCAGUCCCGGACUUCUAUGGUGACAGUGACACCUAUAACCCGUGCACGGUCUUGCACUAUGCAGCUGCAUGGGGCCAGACUCGGAUUUGCAAGGUGCUGCUUGACCUUUCAGCUUUUAAAGUGGCUGAUGCGGUGGCAGAUAUCGCCAUGCCUUAUUCUAUUUUUUACACAUACGAGUUGAACCACUGUGUGCAGUCUUGCACAGCCCUUCAUGCUGCCAUUGCGUGGGGUAGAUGGGACACUUGUCGGCUCCUACUGAAUCACAGUCGCUUUACCGCUGUGGCUGCGGCGAAUGCUGCUGGCCAGACGGCUCUUCACUUGGCCGUGCUCGCAGGGAACCCAGAAAUUGUGGAUGAACUCCUGGCAGAUGGCCGCGUGGACAUCAAUGCCCAGACACGCCACGGCCAAACCGCACUCGACAUGGCCUUGAUGAUCCGUCGAGAGUUUCCGGAACGAACUCGUGCCAGGUAUGAGAGGAUCCUGGUUCUACUCUUGGAAUGCGGAUGCGGGCCCCAAGGGCGUGAGGCCUUCGGGAAGGCGCUCGAGGAGGCGGUGGUGAACCGGGACAAACGGCUCCUGCAUGUCGCCCUGAGGUGUCGCCAUGGCAUGGACAAGUUUCUGGCUGGUCUGGUUGCCCAGAAAGACCGUGUAAUCACAGAGUGCUUCUUCUCAGAGAGAGCUACUGCAAAGGAGGUUCACUCCCGAAAGCGUGACUUGCAGAAGCAGAGAGCUUGUCGCAGACGGCAGAAGGCCUCGACCAAGGCUCUUAGGAAGCAAGUUGUUGAUGAAGCAUCUCCAGUGCAGACACCCAAGCGCCCCUAUCGGUCAAAAUCCAGCAAUAGCUGGAAGCAGACUGAAUUCGACUUCACGUUUUGCAAAUGA